AGUAUCACAAACGAAAAAAUAUCUCAGCUAGCCCGGCAUUAAGAUAAUACUGUCAACCUAGGAAAGAACCGAAAGAAAAUUCAGUAAUGGCUUUAGAACAAACAAUUUCAUUCACAAACCCUUUCUUUUCUUCAACUCCAAGAACCCCUUUUACCAAAACUCACAUCCCUACAAAAUCUUUGUCUUUUAAGAAAGAUUCAAAGCAAGUGGAAAUAUCAAGAUUUACCUUAGGUGGUCGUAUAAGAUGUUCAUUUGACUACAAUAAUAGUUCUGCAAAUGGAAACAACGUUAGUGUUUAUGAAUAUGAAAGAUAUGCUGGGGUUUCACAAUACCCAAGGCCUUCAGAAAUACAGUGGAAAAAGGAACUUUGUAAUUCAGUGCAACUUAUUGGUAAUGUUGCUGUGCCUGUGCAAAUUAAACACUUGAACUCUGGAAAGGUUGUAGCUUGGACUCGUCUUGCUGUUAGGAAGUCUCAAAACGACACUACUUGGAUUAAUUUGACAUUUUGGGAUGAGUUGGCUAAUGUUGCCAAUCAGCAUAUAGAGAAAGGACACCAGAUAUAUGUCUCUGGUCGCCUGAUCUCAGAUACAGUUGAAGGUGAUGAUGGGAAACAACAGACUUAUUACAAGGUGGUCGUUCAACAAUUGAAUUUUGUUGAAAAGACCUCUCCUUCUGUUGCCUCGUAUAAUGGGGAUUCUAAUUCCAUGGCACCAAGUAGAAAGCAAAAUAAUAAUGCUGCAAAUACCACUGGAUCCACAGAGGAGCUAUGGCAAGCUUUCUUUGCUAAUCCACUGGAAUGGUGGGAUAAUAGGAAGAACAAGAGGAGUCCAAACUAUCCAGACUUCAAGCACAAAGAUACAGGUGAAGCAUUGUGGGUAGAAGGCAGGUAUAAUCCAACAUGGGUGAAAUCUCAACUUGCAGUACUGGAUUCAAAGAUGGAAUCUUUUCAUGAUCAAAAUGGCAGCAGGAAUGCAGAGUUCAUGUCCAUGGAUAAUUUCCAAUUUUAGCUGUUCUCCAUUUGGUUUUGGUUGUACUUUCAAAUAUACUCUUGUAUAGUUUUGUUUCUUCCGGUAGGAACAUAAAAUUGUAUGUUACUUGUUCCCCUAGUAGUGUUGCUAUUCAAGGAAUUUAGAUGCUCACAGAAAGUUCUCUUGUCAUUCUGUAGUUGUAAGCUAUAAGGAUUGAUAACUGUCAUUUUCAUAAUUUAAGAUCCUUCAGCA